CCCCGCAGUCAGUUCCCUCGUCCGCUGCGCGGCCGGGCCAUGGAGAGCGGCUUCGGCUCGGACUUCGGUGGCGCGGGGGCCGGCGGCAAGCUGGACCCCGGGGUCAUCAUGGAGCAGGUGAAAGUGCAGAUCGCCGUGGCCAACGCGCAGGAGUUGCUGCAGAGGAUGACGGACAAGUGCUUCCGGAAGUGCAUCGGGAAGCCGGGGGGCUCGCUGGACAACUCGGAGCAGAAGUGCAUCGCCAUGUGCAUGGACCGCUACAUGGACGCCUGGAACACCGUGUCGCGCGCCUACAACUCGCGGCUGCAGCGAGAGCGCGCCAACAUGUGACCUUCGACCUCUGACCCCGCACCCCCAGCCCUGGGGCGGGGAGCUCUCUGCGCGGGGGACCCCCCCGCGGCUCCGCCGCCGCCCGGAGACCCGCGACCCGGCGUCGGCCCCGCCGCGGAUGGGGACCAGCAGCCGCCGAGGGUCCUGGGGGCCGCGCGCAAUAAACGUCGCAGCAGCCGCGA